AUGACGGAGAAUUUAGUUCCUUGCUAUGAUACAUCUGUUGAUAAAAUCGUAUUUACAUUAGCAGAUCCACUAAAUGGAGAAAAAUCAGUACAAGCAUGCCAAAUUACCGAAAAUGGUCUCAUAACAGCAGAUUUACAAGAAUCUUCCUCUUCAUCUUCAGAUGAAGAAUUUAAACCAGGAAAAUCACGAGUGUAA